AUGCUAGUACACAAUAAGAAAGAGCAAUAUUUGAAAGUUAUCGAAAAACAUUCAACACUUUUUGGUCUUCUUUUAUAUCUGAUUGGGUUGAUAUGGUUUUGUCUUCUGUCUCAAGAUGAGCUCAACCAUAAAACUUACAUGAGCGAAAAUGCCCUGCUUAUCGGUCAGGUGGAUGAAAUCUUUGAUGAUGUUUCUUCCUCUAUUAAGUUUUAUGAAGAAUCUAAGAAUGCAUUUGAAUCCGGUGGAGUUGUUGGUUUAAAACAAUGGUUAUUUAGACAAUUCAACGCAAUUGGUCUGGAAGUUUAUUCACAGGACUUCAGUUUCUCUCAUGAUAUACUUUCGCCUUUAAAGUCAUUAAAUGGAUCGAAUUUAUACGCUAUUAUGAGGUCACCAAGUGGUGGUCGAACAGAGGCACUUGUGAUUAUUACAUCUCUAGGUGACAGUCCAGCAUACUUUGGAAGUCUUGCUUAUGUUUUAUCGCUAAGUAAAUUAUUUAGAAACCAAAUACACUGGGCUAAGGAUAUAAUAUUCCUGUUUCCGGAAUAUGAAUAUAUUGGUUUGGUAGCAUGGCUUGAAGCUUACCAUGGGACAAUAAAUUCAGACAAUCUUUUCUAUUCAGAACUUGAGGGUAGAAGUGGCAGCAUUCAAGCUGGUAUAAAUUUAGAAUUUCCUAAUUUGUACCAGCCAGUAAUUGAUAUAUUUUCUGAAGGUCCUAAUGGUUUGUUAGCUAAUUUGGAUUUAACCAACACUGUUGUUCGACUAGCUGAAACUCAUUCUGUGGUAACACGUGUUAAUAGUCAGCCUUAUGAUUAUACACGGGGUACACUUAGAGCUAGACUAAACAAUAUGAUAGGACUAAUGAAGGCAGUGUGGAAUCAAGCGUUGAAUUCUCCAACCGGUUUACAUGGACCUUUAAUUAGUUACCAGAUUCCCGCUAUUACUUUACGAGCGGAACAAAAACAACGAUUCACAGAUCCGCGUAAUUCAGAAAUUCUCUCAGUUACAAGAUUACUGGAAGGUAUUCUUCGUUCAAUAAAUAAUUUACAAGAAAGAUUUCAUCAAUCAUUUUGGUAUUAUCUUCUCCCUAAUCCAUAUCGAUAUAUUUCAAUCGGUGUUUAUAUGCCACCAGUAUUGAUCAUGAUUUUAAGCCUUUUACUCAAGCCAUUUCUCUUCUGGAUAUUAUUGAAUCAAUCUGAGUUAGAUUAUCAUAAUGAUGAUCGAAUUAUUUGCAGUAAAAAAAUAUACUCUUCUAAAAUACCGAAAUGCAAAUCAUCUCAGUUAGCUAAUCAUCAUAUUGAUAAAUCAGUCGAUGAUAAUGCUCACUUAAUCAAUAAUAACCAAACAAUUCGUCAGCGUAAUAAAACAAAGUCAGUAGCUGAAGAAAAGCCAAUUGUAGAUAAAAGAAGAAAUGACCACAACCAAAAGCAUCAUGAAUCUAAUUCACUAUUAUCCAGUUCUAUUCCUCCGUACAUACUAUGUUUAAUUCUACGCCUUAGUUUAUGCUUUUGUAUGGGCUUUUUACUUCAUUCUUCACCAAAGUAUUUAUUCAAGUUGUCCAACCUACUAUUAGUCGACAGUGAUAAUAACAGUAGUCGAUCAGCAAUGUCCACUUUAAAACUGGUUGAUAUAUUUCUACUCGGUAUUACUAGUUUAAUAAUUUUCGUAAUGAUUGCUUCACCAUUUCUCAUGCUUAUCAUACAAAAGCUUAUGAAUUUAUAUGGAGCGGAUAAACGAGAUAUAACCGGCCAGUUAUGCCUUUUCAGUUGGUCGUUAUUUUUAAGUUGUUUAACAUGUUUAAAUAUAUCGUCAGCUGUUGUUCUUAGUAUUCCAACUAUUCCUCUGCUACACUUAUUUGUACAGAGAAGAAAUAACAUCAAGAUAAGAAAAUCAUUUACAAUGAAACUGAUAAAAUAUUUCACUAUCAUUAGUUGGCUAAUUACAUUUACACCGAUAUUAAUAGUUUUAAUGUGUAUUAUUAAUUCUGGUAUUGAACAACAAUUUUAUCCAAUCAAUAUUAACACCAUUGUGAAUUGUUAUGAAAAAUGUAUCUUACAAAGUUUAAUUGAAGCCGAUUUAUUUGGUUGUUGGACAUGGUCAGUUAUAACAUGUGGAUAUACAUCGUUAUGGUUAUUAACAUGGUUAGAGCUAUUUUCUAAAUGA